AUGUACAUGGUCAUUCAAUUCAACCCAGACAAUGACGUCGUGGAAUUGAAGGAAUUUUUGUACCAAGGAAAAUUCAGAUACGUGGAGACGUCGAAUUUGCAAGAGCUCUACGAAAAAUAUAAAGCCAUCAGAGAACAAGCCAAAGCAGAAGCAACGGCCCCAGUUGAGACCGAUAAUCAAAAAUCGAUCAAUGAGGAGAAAAUUGAUAAUCAAUCGAUGAAUUCAGAAAAUUCGGAAAAUUCGAAAUUCAAAAUCCCGAAAAAUCCAUCAAAAUCGCAAGAAUGUGAAAAAGGGGAUCCGAUUGCUCAUACUCAAAAAUUGUUGGCCGCUUUGGGACCUCGAAUUUCGAAUUUCAGCCAAAAACGGACCAUUGACAUUUUGAGAGAGAAAAUUGGGAGCCCAAAAACCGAUUCAUCGCAACCAGAACCAUCGGAUUCUCUUCCAAAAAUGACUCCAAAACUGAGCAAUCCGACAAUUUUUCCAAUUCCAGAACCUUCUGAAAAUCGAGAAUCUGAAAAAGCGAAAAAUCGAAAACGAUCUCAUCGGAGAAAUUCUGGAAAUGCUGAAAAUUCGAAAAUGGAAGAUUCAAAAGUUUUGGAAAUUCUGAAAAAUCUGAAUAUGCCGGAAAGCAAUUCGCCAGGUUUCGAGCCGAUUUUCCCAUUGAAAUGGACAGAUGGAUACUGA